UCUUAUAUAAAGAGACUCUGCAUUCUCUUCUUUUCUUCAUCAAAUAUUUUCUCUUCUUCGUCUCUCUCACGUCUAUUAUUUUCUGUCAUCUUUUAUUUGAGAACCACCAGAUUUGCAGUUUCUGGAGAAAUGGAAUUUGUGAACAGCUCUCCACCAAGAUAUGAAUGUCUCCUCUUUGAUUUGGAUGAUACUCUUUAUCCUUUAAGCUCUGGCUUAUCAGAUGCAUGCUCCAACAACAUUAUAGAAUAUAUGGUUGAAAAGCUUGGAAUAGAUGAAGAUGGAGUCGUUGAACUAAACCAAAUUCUUUAUAAGAAAUAUGGAACUUCAAUGGCCGGUCUUAAGGCGGUAGGUUAUGAAUUCGAUAAUGACGAGUACCACCGGUAUGUUCAUGGUAGAUUACCUUAUGAAAACCUUAAACCGGACCCGGUUCUAAGGAGUCUCCUCCUUGGUCUACCUUUGCGAAAAUUGGUAUUCUCGAAUGGAGAUGAGGUUCAUGUGAUGAAGGCUCUCACAAGACUUGGCAUCGAAGAUUGUUUUGAGAGAAUCAUAAGUUUCGAGACCUUAAACCCUGAUAUCAACGAAGCUGAGCUUUCUUGCGUCACAGGUCAUCUUCCCGAGAAUCCGGUUAUUUGUAAACCAACUGAGAUUGCUUUCGAGAAAGCCUUCGACAUUGCACAGCUCAAUCCUCACAAAACCUUGUUCUUUGACGACAGUACCCGGAACAUCCAAACCGGGAAAGCCGUUGGUCUCCAUACAGUCUUGGUAAGAAACAAUUAACAUAACACCAACUAAAACCGAUUCUUUUUUGUAACUAACACAAACAUCUUUCUAUAAUUCUAUUAAAAUUAGUUCCUAGAAACUGAGCGAAGAAGACUCAUAUAUGUAUGUACUUUUUUUUUUUUUAUCAAAUUGUUAAAUGAAAAAUAUCAAUGUUUCAGGUUGGUAAAUCAGAGAAAAUAGAUGGAAGCGAUUACGCGUUAGAAAGCAUUCACAACAUGAAAGAGGCAUUCCCCGAGUUAUGGUCGGAAUCCAUUAUCAACAACAAAGAAACUGAAAGAAUUGAUUACGCUUCACAGAUCUCGAUUGAAACUUCUGUUCAAGCUUAACUUUAUUUAGUACUAAAUAUGAUGAUAUUUACAUAUCAUUGAAUGUUUCAAUAAAAUAUCUAUGUACCUUUUUUUGUCGUCUAUCCAUGUACCGUUUAUGGUUGAUUCGUAUUUAUAGUCUAUAAUUGUAUUUUAAUCACCCUCUUUUGUACAUAUCAAUAAUGUGCUAGUAAAAGAUCCUGUUUAUUGCACCAUAUUAGAAGAUGGAUCGUAGAUAUAUAAACUCUCUUGAUUUCAUGAUUGAGAAAGAACGUAUAAUGUAUGUUGAUUGUUAAGGUUAUGGUCUUAUGGACAAAUUUAA